UUUUUGUUUUCAUCCAUGUUCAUCCCCUCCACCCCCCAUGAUGAUCCAGAGCCUAUGAAAGAUCUAACGUCCGAUUCGAGAGACAAACUGCUGUUGUUAUCACUGAAACGCCGAAGACUACACAAAAACGAUGAGUGCAUCCAAACUUCAGGAGAGCAGUGAAGUGAGAAUCGCACACUCUCUGCAUACAGAUGAAGAGGAGUUUGUAGCCAGAAGGAGAGAAACAGUUUUUCAAAGCCUGCAGAAACUCAAGAUACACUGCAGUCAGGAUGCGGUGCCAAACAUUGCAUUACUGGGUUCUGGAGGAGGACAAAGAGCCAUGGUGGGUUUGCUGGGAUCCCUGGUUCAGCUUGAUAAAGAGGGUCUUCUGGACUGCAUCCUUUAUCUGAGCGGAGUCUCUGGAUCCACCUGGUGCAUGGCCUCCUUAUACCAAGAACCAGACUGGUCCACCAAACUAGAGACUGUGAAGGACAAAAUCAUUGAGAGACUCAGCGGUCCUGCAGUCAGCUGGGGAGACGCAUUUGACAAACUGAAGAAAUAUUACAAGAAAGACUUUUUCAGCUUGACUGACGUCUGGGCAGCGAUGGCCAUCACAGAAUAUGUGAAGGAGAUCGACGAAGUCACACUCAGAGAUCAGUGGGACCACCUCAGUAAAGAUCCAUUUCCCAUCUACACAGUGAUUGACACGCAGUCCAAAAAAGAGAAGGAGAAAGGAGGAGACAAAGAUGACCCCUGGUUUGAGAUCAGUCCAGUUGAAGCUGGUUAUUCUCUCACUGGAGCGUUUGUGGAAACAUCCAGCUUCGGCAGCAAGUUUGACAGAGGCUCAAAGAAAAAUCCUCAGGAUGAAAUGGACAUGCUGUACCUGCAAGCUCUGUGUGGCAGUGCUUUAGCUGAUCGAAGCGAGAUCUUUAAAUACCUCUGGCAAAAAAUAAAAGAUCUCUUUAAAAAUUUAACACCUCUAAUAGAAUCGGACACGUUUGAGGAAAUGAUGAAAGAACCAAAAGCCCCACCUGCAUACAAGUGUUACCAGGUGCUCAUAGAUCUUGUGGAAGUGAAUCUCGCGGUUUUAAAUGGCAAAGAUUAUUCUGCUCUUGUUCAGACCAUCAAAACAACACUGGAAGAGCUCGGUGGAGGCACAAAUCACCUGAUUAUCCCAGGGGAAAAAACUCUUGCUGAAAAACAAGCUGCUAAUUUUGAUGUGAAGAAAUUCACUGAGCAUGUGUUAAAGGAUUUGAGUUGUUUAUUCAGUUCGGAUUCUUUUGAUCUUGUGUGGAGCAUUUGUAAAUGUUUGACUUGGUGGAUCUGGGGCAGGAAUUAUAACUUCCUCCACAAAAUGAAAAACGAAGCAGUGCCUGCUGCUCUUCUGGAAGGUGAGACGAGAGACUAUGAAGAUGCGGGACUGUUGCUGAACUCACCCUACUUCUCAGUGCUGAGAAAAGAAAGAAACAUUGACCUCAUCAUUUCCCUGGAUUUCAGUGAUGGCGAUCCUUUCAAGACAGUGAACACAACUCAAAAACUGUGUGAGGAACUAAAAAUCCCUUUCCCUGGAGUCAACCGUGCCAGAGAAAACCCAAAGAACCCAGAGGGCUUCUAUGUGUUCAAAGGCACAAACACUCCAACCGUGAUUCACAUCCCUCUGUUUAAUGUGGUCAACUGUGGAGGAAAUAUUGCGGCCUGGAGGAACAGAUAUGCCACCUUUCAAGGCCCUUACAACCUUAAGAUGAUCACUGAUCUUAUGGAGGUCGCUGGAAAAAACAUCUCAGACAACAGAGAGAAACUGCUGGAGCAGAUUCAAGCAGUCAUUGACCAAAAACGACACGAAUUAUGACAAUCUGAAUACCAGUG